AUCCUCAUUUGGUUCUCUUGACAGACAUCAACAGCCAAGAUGAUCAAGAAAGGGUUACCAACGACCAUUUUCUGCGUCGUUUUGCUGGUCAUCAUCGGGACGUCAGUGGCCAGUUCAUUCCGUCCAAACUGCAACCGGCAAUGUACCUACGAAUUCGAUUUCAUCUGCGGUAGCGACGGAAGGAACUACUCUAAUCGCUGCCACUUCGAAAUCGGGAAAUGUCGUAAUCCUCGUCUGAGGAUACAAUGCAAAGGAAGGUGUGAGGAAUGUUUAUAUGGAUAAAGUCGUUAGUUCCACGCCCUUCUUCAGGCUGUUCGUGACCUACAGCAGUCAGGUUACUGAUAAGUGGAAAACAGCUUGCCCACAAGAUCGGCAGCAUUGAAGACUGUUUUAUUCAAGACAAGUUGAAUUUUCGUGAAUCAUUAAAUUGACUAUUCUAGAAGUAUCGUGCUUGUUACAAGAAAAAGGAAAACUAAUAAAAUUGAAAU